CGUGGAGCGAGGGAGUCCGAGGAUAGUAGGAACUAACUAGAACUCUAGAAGGCCGGUACUGCUGGUUCCUCCGUCUGGUGUGCAGGGUAGAAGACGAAGCUCGGCCAGCCAGAUGGGGUCCAUCCUGUGCUGCUUGCGCGGCCCCGAAGACGACGACGAGGCGCCGGGUUGCUGCGCCUGCCUGCCAUGGCCGUUCUCGAACAACACUCAGAACCCGGCGGGCGCCGCCGCUCGUCAUCCUAGAGCGUGCGCACGGGUUGCGCCGGUUCCUCCCGAGUCCUCCACCGGCUCAGGGCAGGAGGAUCCAUUGAACACCUUCCGCCGCCCUCCUAUGCCUUUGCCUUACGAUGAUCCUCGGUUCAGACAUCCCGCGGAGAAAUCUAUUCUGCUCGGAGAGAGAAGCAAUGUUGACACCGGAUCGACUCGCGAUGGUGAUGAGAAGGCUGAUGGACCGUCGUCCCUGGAAGCUCGGCCGGGAGGGGGGAAACCCGGGGGAACUCAAGUCUGUGCUGAUUGUGAUGAGGAUGAGUGUCCAAUAUGCCUCGAAGAGUAUGAUUAUGAGAAUCCGAAGGUGCUGCUGCAAUGCAACCAUGAUUUCCAUCUUGGCUGCAUUUACGAGUGGAUGGAAAGAAGCCAGUCGUGCCCGGUCUGUGCCAUGGUGAUGAUGUUCAAAGAGGACCAAUGACCAUGCUGGCUGCAAGCCUUUACACAUGCUCAAGACCCACGAUAAUCGUUUAGUUGUGUAUAUAUACAUGGCGUCGAGGAAAUCAUGUCACUAGCCUUUGGCCAGUUGCGGGGUAAAAUUUGGUGGCAAAUUAUACCAGCAGAGUAAUGACCUUGUUGUAAUCUUUUUUUUCCCUUUUAUGAACUCUUGUUUCUAUUCCUUAAUUAAUUAAUGGAUGAGGCAAAGCUUUUGCAUCUGUUGCCAAAUAAAAUGA